AUGCGCGUACUAUGUCUUCACGGCAUGGGCACGAAUGCCAACAUUUUCCAGGCUCAGACUGCUGCAUUCAGAUCUCUUCUCCCGGCGCAUUUUGAAUGGGAAUUCUUCGAUGCCGACCACGAUUGUGAAGCUGCCGAGGGCGUGAGCGGCAUCUACCCAGGGCCGUACCUGAGCUUCUACAAUACCCCCUAUACAAAACAGGUCGAAGAUUCUCAUCAUUUUAUUGAUGAGAUGAUCGAACAAGAAGGGCCAUUUGACGCGAUAAUGGGGUUCAGUCAGGGAGCCGCAGUAGCCGCAUCAUACAUCCAAAAAGCCCAGACGACGGCUUCACUCGAGAGACCGCCAUUUCGAAUGGCUAUCUUCAUAUGCGGCAGUCUUCCGUUCUCAACUGAUAGAUUAGCCGGCGUCGACGUUACCAAGAUGUACGCUUCAGGCGGGGAUAUGCUCACUAGUGAUAUCGCGUAUUGGAAGUCGUUCGCUGGUCCCAAUGUACCCUUGGUCACACCUCAUAUCAACUGCGGACUAAAUGGAACACUUACGGAUCGCCAUCUGGACCCGGAUGAUACUGUCCGUCGCUACCACCCGGCUGUCGACACUCGUCGCAUCGAGAUCCCAACUGUCCACAUCUACGGAAGACAUGACCCUUAUCGGGCCCAGAGUAUAGAUUUGCAGGGGCUAUGUAGUCCCCAGCAGGGCCUUACCCUCUCCUAUGAACACCCCGGCGGACACAACAUCCCUAGUACGGAGGCAGUCUCAAGAGAGAUCACAAAUCUUAUUCGAAAGGCAGUGACGAGGAGUGAAUUUAUGUUUUAG